UGUUGUGGCAGAUCCCAAAGCUGGCUCGCUCUUAGGACCGGGCCUCAAAGAGCAACCCCCAACCCUCUUUGCGCUGCUCAUCGGGAUAGACAAAUACCUCAACCCUCAAUACCGACUUCAAGGUGCGGUCAAAGAUGCAAAGGAGAUGGAAGACUAUUUGAGCACUAGCUUUCCUUCUGCUCAAAUUCGAUCUCUUCACGACGAAGCCGCCACUCGCAAGUCCAUUAUACGUGAAAUCGAUAGAUUGAUACAGAAUCCGUCGAUUAAACGUCAAGAUCCUAUCCUUAUCUUUUAUGCUGGUCAUGGUGGCGAAACAACACCACCAAAUGGUUGGACUUCUCAUAACGGAAAGGUCCAGAUGUUGAUGCCGCAAGAUUAUGAUGAGGAUUCUACU